AUGGCUUCACAAAACAGCAUCUACACUCCGGGCCAGUUCAUGAACCCCGGACCCGCACCACGACCUCCUACUGAUCGCCCCAAACUUAACCUCACUCCCUCUACAGCGAAUCUUCCGGGCAAUAUGUCUCAGAUGAGCAUGGCCUCUCCCAUAUCAAGAAGCGGAUCAUCUACAUACAACGGAUCAACAGUGUCCCUGCCUGGAGGGGCAACCUCAACCUACUCAGGAUCCACGGUUUCCCUACCUCUUAUGAGACAACAGACCAAUAUGACCGGCCAAGGCGGGGUGGCUAUUAUCAAGGAAGGGUGGGCGACUGUCAAAGAAGGCAAAAACUUCAUCAGCCCUUGGAAGCAGAAGUGGCUCAUAUUGCGAAAAGAGGCGCUCGAUUUCCAUAAGACUGAGGGCGGCAAACUGUCAUAUCAGAUUAUUUUGAAGGACGUAUUAGGUGUUUCCCGCGUAGAGGCCGCUGGUACUAUUUUCGAGAUCAAGCGAGCCUUGAAUGGCUCAUCCAAUAAUCCAGGCGACGAUGACGGAUAUUCACGGACUCUUCAGAUCAAGGUCAAGGGCGACGAAGACUUGUACGAAUGGAUUGAUUUCAUAUAUGCGCGUUGUCCUGGCAUGGGUGGUGUCAGCAACCCAACUAAUUUCAACCACUCCGUGCAUGUAGGCUUCGAUCCUCAGACAGGUGAAUUCGUUGGCCUUCCCCCAGAGUGGUCGAAGCUACUCAACUCGUCGGCCAUCACGAAGGAGGAUUAUGAGCGCAACCCACAGGCGGUCUUCGAGGUAUUGGAGUUCUACUCAGAUAUCACCAAGCGAAACCAAAACCCGGGCCAGUUCCCCAGCUUGACCCCGACCCCCCCAAUUACUUCGGGUCAAAAUAAGCAACUUGGUUACGGAAUGAGUGGAACUAAUGUUGCUCCACCACGGCCCGCUCCCGCACAGCGCAACAAUAGCUAUGGCACUCCCCAGCAACAAUCUGUGAAUGCGCCUCGGCGACCAACGCCACCUGAGACUCAACAGCAGCGUCAGCAAAUGCAGCAAAUGGCAUCAAACUAUGUUGAUCCUCAAACACGUGACGACCAGCGUCAGAAGCAACUGGAGGCUCAGCGCCAGCGUGAUCGAGAAAUGGAGGAGCAGAAUAGACGGGAUAUGGAAGCGUACAACGCAUCUCUUCCAAAGACUCGUGUGCCAUUGGCUAAACAGGAGAUCGGUGGCGGAUAUGGCAGUGGCAGCUCUGCUUCUGAACGAUACAACCCAUCCCGGGCUGCACCCCCUGCACCAGGUACUCGCCAACCCCAGCAAGCACAAGCACAAGCACCGCAAUCACUUCGGACGCAGAGACAAGCUCCGAGUGCCCCGACACCUAGUAGCCAGAACCGACCUCCAUUGGGGAGCCAGCAAAAUUCCUCUUCUCGUGAUCCAAAUGGCUCACCUGCGAGAGCCGAGCAAGGCGCACAGCGCGCUCAAGACCCCCGCUACCAAAAUGGCAAUACGCAGCAGACUCAAGCUCGUGCGCCUCCCAGUAAUCAAAACCCUCCUCCGUCUCGCCUACCUGCGCCCGUUAAUCAAGUCAAACCCCUCAAUGUUGGUAAUAAGCAGCAACCUGGAGCUGGUGCCAAUGGUAUUCAGCAGACGGACGCCGUGAAGGCUGCUGAAGCUGCCCUUACAUCUAAGCCAGCAGUGACUGAGCGGAAGCAGGAUGUUCGCAUGUCUACGAUGAGUGAAAAUGAAGUAAUGGUUAAAUUGAAGGAGGCCGUGUCUAAGGACGAUCCUAAUAUGUCUUACUCUAAGCAAAAGAAGAUUGGGCAGGGUGCAUCUGGUUCGGUGUAUGUUGCAAAGGUCAAGGAAAAUCCGUUGUCACCGGUCGCCCAGAUGGUCAUUAAACAGCAGGGUAGCAAAGCUCAAGUUGCUAUUAAGCAGAUGGACUUAGCGCACCAACCAAGGAAGGAGUUGAUUGUCAACGAAAUCAUGGUCAUGAAAGACAGCAAGCACAAAAACAUUGUCAACUUCCUCGAUGCUUUCUUGCGCAACAACUUCUCCGAAUUGUGGGUUGUUAUGGAGUAUAUGGAGGGAGGUGCUCUAACUGAUGUCAUUGACAACAACCCAACUAUCACCGAGGACCAAAUCGCCACUAUCUGUCUUGAGACUUGCCAAGGUCUUGAACACUUGCAUCAACAGAGCAUUAUCCAUCGUGAUAUCAAGAGUGACAAUGUCCUUCUUGAUGCACGUGGCAAUGUCAAAAUCACCGAUUUUGGUUUCUGCGCCAAGCUUACGGAAUCCAAGUCAAAGCGUGCUACCAUGGUUGGCACACCGUACUGGAUGGCUCCCGAGGUUGUCAAACAGAAAGAAUACGGUCCCAAGGUCGACAUCUGGUCAUUGGGAAUCAUGGCGAUCGAAAUGAUCGAAUCUGAGCCACCAUAUCUCAACGAAGAACCACUGAAAGCGUUGUAUCUCAUUGCAACCAACGGUACACCACGCCUAAAGAAGCCAGAGAAACUUAGCAAGGAGCUCAAGGCAUUCUUGUCGGUUUGUCUCUGUGUCGACAUUCGAAGCAGAGCUUCGGCAGCAGAACUUCUUCAGCAUGACUUCUUGAAGCACGGAUGUACUCUAUCCAGUUUAGCGGACCUGCUUGCUUUCCGAAAACAGGGAAAGUAA